CACAUUGAACCCUUCAUAUUCAAGCUUUAUCUUUGAUUUCUUUCCCCUUUCUUGGACCAUGUGUCUAUUGGAUUGUGUUUAAAAAUUAAUCUCUCUUUUCCAUUGACCUUUUCGCUAUGAUUCAUGAAUACUUAACAUUGGAUAAAGCCUUCCAUUUCCUCUAAAAUAGCAACAGUUAGCAAAUUGUGACAGAUAUGGGUGGUGAAAGAGGAGCUAUGGCUGAAAUUGCAGAGAGGUCAGUGGAAAUUCAAUUGGGUUGUGGUCUAGUGGCAGCAAUUUUUCAACUUGGAAAAUCUAAGUCAAGUAAACAACCAGUGCCACCACUUCCCACUAAGUCCAGUGCCAAUGAUCUAACACCAAUAAGGCCAAGCAUUGCAUAUUUAGACACCAAGAAAUCAGUCAAAACUCCAACAAAACUAGGUGUGAAACAUUCCACUCAACCACACUCAACCACUCUGAGGAAUUCGAUUUCCCAUGAUCAAAAACAUGUUAGGAGAUCAACAUCCGAUGGUACGAGAAUCAGCACGAAGCAAUCGUCCAAUUUUUCGAGCACGAACAAAAUGUCACAAGUUGUCAACUUCGCCAACAGUCAAAAGCUUAGAAUGGAACCAACUUUCACCUCCUCUGUCAUUAGUCACCGGAAAUCCAACGCGAAUGGAAUAUUAAACGGUGUUUCCUCCACGGGAAACAUUAUGUUAUUAGGCCAAUUAGGAAAUUUGAAGCAACAAAAGAACCAAAAUGGCUCAAGUGAUCAAAAGACUAUAGGCAGAGUCUUGAUGGGGAACAUAGUAAGACAACCUAGUAUAAGGAGCCAUAUGUUAAACAAAUUGGACCCCGAUGUGCUAAAGUCUAUGGGAAAUGAGCAUUACAGGCAUGGAAGAUUUGAGGAAGCAAUGGCUUUGUAUGAUCAAGCAAUUUCCAUCAAUCCAAGAAAUGCUUGUUAUUAUAGCAACAAAAGUGCAGCUUUGAUGAGUUUAGGCCGUCUUAUGGAGGCAGUGAUCGAAUGCAGAGAGGCCAUCCGGCUAGACCCUUAUUAUCACAACGCUCAAUCUCGUCUUGCAAGACUAUAUCUCAGAUUGGGAGAAGCAGACAAAGCAAUAGAACAUUACAAACAAUCUGGAGGAAAAGUUGACAAAAGAGACAUUGCUGAGGCUCAAGAUAUUACAGGAAGUAUCUGCAACUGCGUAGAAGCUCAUAGGCUAAGGGAUUACAGCACAUUACUUAAGGAGAGUCAAAAUGCAAUGUCUUUUGGUGCAGAUUCAGCUCCACAGAUCUCUGCAAUGAGAGCUGAGGCAUUGAUGAAGUUGCGUAGACAUGAGGAGGCAUACAUCACUAUUCAGAAGGGACCUAAUUUUGAAACGGAGCUUUGUACUUUCCUUUUCGGCUCAAUUAAAACAGCUUAUUUGUUAAUAAUUCGAGCACAAGUCUACGUGACAGUAGGCAGGUUCGACGAUGGAAUUGCUGCAGCUCAAGAGGCUGCAAAACUUGAUUUGAGCAAUGAAAUAAUCAAAAUUUUAAGAAUAAUUAAAGGGUUGGCAUCAGCUCGGUUAAAGGGUAAUGACCUUUUUAAGGAAUCAAAAUACACAGACGCUUGUUCUAUUUACACUGAAGGAUUAGAAAAGGAGCCGUACAAUUCUGUUUUGUUAUUUAACAGAGCAGCUUGUCGAUUCAAGUUAGGACAAUUUGAGAAAGCAGUGGAGGAUUGCACUGCAGCUCUUGUAUUACGUCCUUCUUAUUUAAAGGCUAGAGUUAAAAGAGCUGAUUGCUACAUGAAGUUGGAAAGAUGGGAGGCUGUAAUUCAAGAUUUUGAAAUGUUGUUACAAGAAAAACCAGGGGAUGAGGAAGUUAAGAGGGCAUUUUUAGACGCAAAGAUUCACUUAGAAAGGGAACGGAUUGAGGAUCAAAAGCAAAGAAAGCUAUGCAAUGGAUCCAGCUUGGUGCUAGUCACCAGUAAUUAACUGUGUCUUUAUAUUAUGUUUUGCUUGUUUUUGACGAAGAUCAAUUUGGUUAUUUCAUGUUUAAUAGAUGAAUUCCGCGAUGUAUUUGUAUAUAUAUUCAAGUCAUUAUUAAUUAGAAAAGAGAUAGAUUGUUUGGACGUA